AUGAUGAUCAGACAGAUGUGAGAAACCAGAGAAGAUGAUUGACUGAAGAAUAAAGAAAGAUUCAGAGGAGAAAACAGAAUAUCAACAUGUCGACCGCUGUGAUUGUUGCUCACAAUCCUCCUCGCAGGAGAAACAGCAAAACCGAACCUCCUAUGAUGAGGAUUGUUCUGCUGGGGAAGAGUGUGUCAGAAAACAGUCGAGUGGGAAACUUCAUAUUAGGGCGAGCAGCGUUUGACAGUGAAGCUCCUCCAGAUGUUGUAGAGAGAGUCGGAGGAAGACUGAAGGACAGACAAGUGAUCCUCAUCAACAGUCCUCAGCUGCUCGAAACACACCUGUCACUUCGUCAGAUUACGAAGACCGUGAGAGAGUGUGUGUCUCUGUCAGAUCCAGGACCUCAUGUGAUCGUUCUGCUUCUCAAACAUGACCAGUGUUCAGCAGAAGAUCAAGAGUGUGUGGAGAAGGUGCUGGACUCUUUUUCUGAGCGGGUUUAUCAACACACCAUGGUGCUCACGACACAAGAGCCGACUGAAACCGAUGACAUCCUACAGAAAAUCAUUCAGAAAUGCUGCAACAGACGCUUCAGUCUUCAGGGAAACAGCUCUCCUGAUGAUCUCCUGCAGACGUUUGAGGACAUUGAGAAAAUGAAUGAUGGACGGCACCUGGAUUGUGCUGAAGCUUCACAGGGUUUCACAACGAAGCAACAGGACACAGAAAGACUUUCAGAGGGGGAGAAGCUGAAUCUGGUUGUGUGUGGGAGCGACGGCACAUUAAAAUCCUCCAUAUCAGAGCGGAUCCUGCAGCACACAGACAGAAGAUCAGACGUAGAUCUUCAUGGUCGUGUGAUCCGUCUAGUGGAGCUUCCAGCUCUGUUCAACACUCGGCUCUCAGUGGAGGAAGUGAUGCGUCAGACUGUCUGCUGUGUGUCUCUCUGUGAUCCUGGAGUUCAUGUAUUCCUCCUCAUUAUUCCUGAUGCUCCACUGACUGAUGAAGAAAAAUCUGAAAUGGAGGAGAUCCAGAGGAUCUUUGGCUCCAGAAUCAACAAACACAUCAUGAUCCUCAUAAUGCAGAAUUCAGAGCAUCAGACAGCAGAACUCAAUGAGGAAACACAGUCUGCCAUUGAGAGGUUUGGAGGACGACAUCAUUUCUUUGGUCCCACCACACAAGUGUCCACAUUGAUGGAGAAUGUUCAGAAGAUGCUGGAAGAAAACAGAGGAGAGUUUUUCUCCAUAGAGACAUUUCUGGAGGCACAGAUGAAAACAAAAUAUGAAGAGAUGAAAAAGAAAAGUCAUUCAUUAGAGACACAUUUAUUCUCACAAGACAGUGAAGAUGAACUGAGGAUUGUGCUGCUGGGAAAAACUGGAGUUGGGAAAAGCGCAACAGGAAACACCAUAUUGGGAAGAAAUGCUUUUAAAGCGGAACAAUCUUUUGAAUCAGUGACCAGUGAGAGUCAGAGAGAAACAUCUGACAUCAACGGUCGACGCGUUACUGUGAUCGACACUCCAGGACUGUUUGAUACUGAACUGACUAAUGAAGAGAUCCAGAGAGAAAUCAGACACUGCAUCUCCAUGAUCCUGCCUGGACCACAUGCGUUUCUCUUACUGAUUCCACUGGGACGAUUCACUAAAGAAGAACAAGAAUCAGUGAAGAUCAUCCAAGAGAUGUUUGGUGAGAAGUCUUUAAUGUUCACCAUCGUGCUCUUCACCAGAGGAGAUGAUCUAAAGGACAAAACCAUUGACCAGUGUUUGGGAAAACCUGGAUCUGUGAUCAGAAACCUGAUUGAAGUGUGUGGAAACAGAUAUCAUGUGUUCAAUAAUAAUCAGACUGGAGACCGAACACAGGUGUCUGAUCUACUGGAGAAGAUAGACAACAUGGUGAAUGCAAACGGAGGGAGUUUCUACUCGUGUAAGAUGUUCAGACAGAUGGAGAGAGAACAACAAGAACAACAGAUGAAGAUCCUGAUGGACAGAGUGGAGCAACUGAACAGAGAAAGAGAAGAACUGAUGAAGAAACAAGAGGAAGAGAAAGAGAGGAUGAAGCUCACAAUGGAGGAAGAACAAAAGAAUCACGAGAAAGAGAGAAAGAGAAGAGAAGAGGAGCUCAAAAGAGAAAGAAGAGAACAAGAGAAACUUCAGAGAGAGAUACGAGACGAGAUGAGACGAGAACGAGAGACAUUUAAACAUGAAAUAGAGGAAAUGAAGGAAGAAAAAGAGAAACUUCAGAUCAAAUACAACACAGAAAUAGACAGAAUAGAGAAUCAGAUGAAGAAAAGACUAGAUGAAUAUACAGAAAGAGAAGAACAAUAUAAAACACAAAUAAAAGAGAAAGAGAGAGAGAUCAGAGAGGAGAUGAAGAGAGAGCGAGAGGAAUGGGAGAAACAGGAAAAGACAAGAAGAGACGAAGAGGAUGAGAAAAGAAGAGAGAAAGAACUGAGAGUUUUGGAUGAAUUUAAUGAGAGACUGAAACAAGAGAGAGAGAGAAUGGAAAGAGAGAAAGAAGAUCUUCAAUCUAAACAUGAAGAAGAAGAAAACAAGAUGAAGAUCCUGAUGGAGAAAAUGACCAGCGAAAGAGAAGAACUGAUGAAGAAACAUGAAGAAGAGAAAGAGAGAAUGAAGAUGAAGAUAGAGGAAGAACGACAGAAUUAUGUUGAAGAGAAGAAGAGAAGAGAAGAGGAGGAUAAAAAGAUGAGGGAGAGAGAAAAAAAGAUUUCUGGUGAAGAGAUUCAGAGACUCAAGAGUGAAAUGGAGAGAAUAGAAAGAGAGAAAGAGAGAAUACAUAUUAUGAUGGAGGAAGAAAGACAGAAUCACGAGAAAGAGAGAAAGAAAAGAGAAGAAGAACUCAGAGCGAGAGAAGAACAAUUUAAAAGAGAAAUUAAAAAAACUGAGGAACAGAUGAGAGACAUGAUGAGUAGAGAACGAGAGGAAAGGGAGAAACAGAAACUAGAGGAAAUGACGAGAAAAGAAAAGGAAGAGAAAGAAAAACAGAUUUCUGAUGAAGAGAUUCAGAGACUCAAGAGUGAAAUGGAGGGAAUAAUCAGAGAGAAAGAGAGAAUGGAAAGAGAGAGACAAGAACAGCUAGAGGACUUAGAGAAGAGACUGAAAGAAGAAAUAAACUUGAGAGAAGAUCAACAAAAGACUUUUGAAGAGAAACUGAAACUCCUUGAAGAACAGCGUGAAGAUGAACUGAAGAGAAGACGAGAGGAGUGGAGAGAGGAAAAGGAGGAGAUGAAGAUCUGCACUGAAACUGAUGAUUCACUACAGGGAGAAAACAAUGGAGGAGUCCCAGCACAUCUAUUUCGCAGACUUCAUCUUCACAGGAACAAUAAACUGAGAGCUGCAGAUGUUCUUCAGAUAACUGAACAUUCAUUACAGUCCCAUGAGUCCUGUGCUGAAGAGGAGCUGAGUCAGACUUUCAUACGAAAACUACUGAUGAUGGACUACAGAGUAAGAUACAUUCAUGUUAAUAAGGCCAGUGAUGAUCAAACACAACAAAGAGACACUGACACAUCUGAAGACUUUGGUGAUUUAUUCCGAGAAGUGACAUUUUCUAUUAAAGGAACAAGUCAAUCUGAUCGCAUUCACCCGAUGGAUGUUCAGAUGGCCGUGUUUCAUUGUGCUGAUGGUUUCCUGAAGCAGUUGAUGGUCACUAAACUGUCCCAGUGUCAGUACGCUCUCCCUCUGCUUGUUCCUGAUCCAGACACACAACAGAUUGAGUUUCCUCUCUGGACAUUCAGACAAAUCAACAAGAGCUGGAAGAUGAGAAACAACAACAAUGAGAUCACCAGUCAAACCCAUCCGGUCUACAAGGCAGAAACUCCAAUGGUGUGUUUCUUCAGGUUUGGCUCUGUGUCUUCAUCCAAGUCUCAGCUGAUGAACAGUCUGAUCAAUGAGAAACACAACACGUUCUUCCACAGGAACUGUCCAGGCAGCAGCAGAACCAGAGUCCUGAUGGAUGGAGUGGUGGAGAUCGCCUGGUUCUGCCCCUCUGGGAAAAACACGGAUAAAUUCACGGACUGUGUUGCGUUCUGUAAUCUACACGGUGAUGCAGGAGAUCAUGAGAAACAGCUGCAGAUCCUCACUGAAAUGGCCUCAGUCAAUGUUGUUCUUCUACCAGUAAUGGACAGGAAUUCCAAACAUGCAGCAAAGUUCCAAAACCUGUACAAGGACAAAAAACCACUCAUUUGUCUUUUUACAGAGGAUAAAUCUACUGUAUUGAAGAUGAAGAAAGGGAAAUAUAAGAUUGGUCUGAAAGACAGAGAUCGGUCAGAUGUAUCUGAAGAACUCAGAAGAGCCAUAAAUGAGUGUCUCUCAGAAUCAUCUUCCACUUUCAGACUUGAAGAUGUGUCCAAACACUCAGACAUCAGAGUAGAUGAGGAAGAUGAUGAAGACUGCAAGAGAGGAAGAGAAGCAGCACAGCAGAUGAUGAGUUUACUAGAGGAUAAAGAUCUGACAGAAAUCAAAGACUCAUUUCUUCCUCAUCAGGGGAAACUGUGGCGUCAGUGGAGUCAGAAGAACAGAGAACUACAUCGACCUCAAGGAGAUAAGAUAGAAAUUGACAUCAGUAGAAAAAACAGUGAGAUCCGUGAACAACAGCAUGAAUCUGACAUCAGUGAGUUAAUAAUUUUCUUCAUUAGUGAAAUGAACUCAUAUGAUGAACUUAAGAAGAUAUUUUUCCUAAAAUGGCUGAGAAUCCUCCUGGAUGAUUAUACAUCAGCUGACCUUUCUGCUCUACACCACAAGUAUGAUGAAAAGUGGUCAAAUGUCUUAAAACUGAAAAAGAACGAUUAUAAACCUGAGCAACUCAAAGCUGAACAAGCAGAACUUGAGAGAAUAUCUGAGGAUCUUCAAGCUGCAGCCUUUGGUUUGGAGCACAUCAUGAGGGAGAUCGGUCAGAUCUAUGAAUCAUGUUCAUCUGUGAAGAAGGACAAGAAAGAUCUGCAGUUUCACUUCUCUUCUCUCCCGAGUCUUGCAGCAGAGAUGAUGAUCUCUGGAUUUCCACUGGAGCUGAUGGAUGGAGAUGCUGCUCAUGUUCCUCUGGUCUGGAUCUCUGCUGUUAUAGAUGAACUCAUCCAGAAACUGGGAGACCAGAGAGUCUUUGUGCUGUCAGUUUUAGGGAUUCAGAGCUCUGGGAAAUCCACCAUGCUGAACGCCAUGUUUGGACUCCAGUUUGCCGUCAGUGCUGGCAGGUGCACCAGAGGAGCUUUCAUGCAGCUGAUCAGAGUCUCAGACGAGAUGAAAACACAGAUGAACUUUGACUAUAUUCUGGUUGUUGAUACUGAGGGUCUUCGUGCUCUAGAACUGGCUGGAACAUCAACAAGACAUCAUGACAAUGAACUGGCCACAUUUGUUGUUGGUCUUAGUAAUCUGACCUUGAUCAACAUCUUUGGAGAAAACCCAGUUGAGAUGCAGGACAUUCUUCAGAUUGUUGUUCAGGCCUUCAUGAGGAUGAAAAUGGUCAGACUGAAUCCCAGCUGUGUGUUUGUGCAUCAGAACGUCUCAGACGUCACAGCUGGAGAGAAAAACAUGGAGGGAAGGAGACGACUGCUGGAGACACUGGAUGAGAUGACAGAGCUUGUUGCUGCAGAUGAAGUCUGUGAUACAGAAUUUUUCAGUGAUGUCAUUAGAUUUGAUGUACAGAAAGAUGUGAAGUAUUUUGCUCAUCUCUGGGAAGGAAGCCCACCGAUGGCACCACCAAACCCAAACUACUGCGAGAAUAUUCAAGAAAUAAAGAAAACUAUUAUGGCUCAUGCUUCACAAUCACAUGGAAUUAGACUGAUAGACCUAAAAGAUCGUAUUAAAGAUCUCUGGAUGGUUUUACUAGAUGAAGCAUUCGUCUUUAGCUUUGGAAAUUGUCUGCUGACUGCAGCAAAGAAGAAACUGGAGACUGAAUACAGCAAGUGGUCCCUCAAGCUCUGCAGUGCCAUGAAUAAAAUAGAGAACAAACUACAAAUCCAAAUUGAAAAUGAAGCGAUAUGUGAGGUUGAGGAAACUUAUCUUCAAAGAGAACUGAAGAAUACAAGUGAAGAAGUGGAGAAAUCAAUGUCUAAAUUCUUUGAGAAAGACACUUAUGCAAAUUUACUGAUUCAGGAAAAAAAAUCAACUGAAACCAAAAUCAAAGAGUUUCAGGACAAGAUUGUGAGAGAAACAAAGAGGAAAUUAAAUGAGGUUCUUCAGCAGCGAGACCUGAAGAAAAAGAUUGAUGCUCAGAGGAAACAUCUUGAAAACACUCUCUAUGAAAAGAGCAAAGAACUUGCUUUAAAACUGAAAGAUAAAGCAAACAACGAAGAAACACUAAAGAAAGAGUUUAAUUUGAUUUGGGAACAGAUUAUUAAGAUCACCGCAGAUAUUGACAUAUUGAAAGAUGUGGUAGAGAUGUUUAGUAGCUUAAAACAGAACAAGAAGUACAACGAUAUUCUUACUGUGCAAAGUUACUCUGAAUAUGUCAUUUUCAGAAAGUCCUCAAAAUUCUACAAUACACAAUAUAGAAAUGCGAAAACUCUCAUUUCAGAUGAUGAAGCCAAAAUAAGAACAGUAGUCGAAAGUGUUGUUCAACAGACAGACAAACUGAUUCAGUCAUUCAAGAUUUCAAAGCUGGGCUACAACAUCAGCUUCCUUCAAGAACUGGCACGUUACAUCAAGAACAGUUUAACUGAACAUCAAAGAAAAUGCAAAAUAUAUCAUUUUAAGGAUGAUUUCUUUAUGGAUUUGGUUUAUUCCAUCUGUAAGAGAUCAAACAUGAUGAUCACUGACCAACACAGAGUCUUUAGGGAAGCCAAGAAUCCUGAACUCUUUCAUGAGAAGAGAAGAGUAGAAUAUUACAGAAUUUUCCAGAAAUACUGUCAUGGAUCAACAUCAGCUGCAAUUUUUGGUGAGAUCAUUUGUCAGAAGCUGAAAGAGCCCAUUGAGCAGAGUGUCUACAAGAAGACUGCCAGAGAUCUGGCUGAUGAAAUGAGAUCAAACCGUGAAUCACUGAAUGGAAACAGAUCAAAUCUGGAGAAACACAUCCUGAAGACACUGGCAGAAGAGGAGGAUUUUGGCAAAUACAUGAACUACAUUCAUAAUCCCAGAGAUCACUUCAAGAGUUUCAUCAGAGAUGAAGUCAGUCGGUACAUCACUGAUAAGUUCAGUGUCAGUGUUUUACCCAAGAUGGAGGAGAACAUUAAACUCCUGCAGCAGAAGAUCAUGGAAGCUGCACAUGAAUCAACUGAACAUGUUCAAGAGAAUAAAGGAGAUGUUGGUUUGUGGUUGAAGAGUUUCACACAGCAGCUCUCAGAUGAGCUGAUCUUCUCUGAAAAAGACCUCAGUGGAGUCAAACAUGAUGAUGUUGAUGAUUUCAACCUCCUAGAGGAUGUGAUAAGAAAAGAACUUUCUGCUAUAAUGUCUGACAUCAGCAGAGAGUUCAACAACGUAAAAACGGACCUCAAGUGCAGACCAGAUGAGCUUCUGAUUGAUCACUUAUGUCAGUGCUGUUGGGUUCAGUGUCCGUUCUGUAAAGCCGUCUGCACCAACACCAUAGAAAACCAUGAAGGAGAUCACAGUGUUCCUUUCCACAGAGUGAAUGGAAUUUCUGGCUUAUUUUUCGUUUCUACACAGAAUCUUAGUACUGAUAUCUGCACAGAUUUAUUGGAAUGCAAUUUGUAUCUUAAUGCAAGAACUGGGAAACCUGUAUUAUUUAGAGACUACAGACAAUUAGGAGGAGUUCAUGCUGACUGGAGCAUCACCCCUGACCACACCAAUCUGCCCUACUGGAAGUGGUUUGUGUGUCGGUUCCAGAAAGAUCUGGAAAAACAUUACAACAAAAAAUUUGGGUGGAAGGGAGCAAUGCUAGAUGAAUGGAGAAGAUUCACAAAACAGGAAGCUAUUGAGAGCUUACAUACAUAUUUCGAGGGGAGUGGACGAAGAUCGAGAUUCUAAAAUGCCAUCAUAUCGAAGUCAGAAAUUAGUCAGUGAAAUUCUGAAAUCAUCUACACAUCAGAUGAGAGGAUUAAAUUCCUCCAGUCA